AACCUAUUAGGAGCAGUGUCUGAAAACAGCAGACUAUUUCCCCUGUAACAAAUCAAUCUAUAAAUAGGGCGUGCUCAUCCAAUUCUUGCUCAGUUCUUCUCAAGAUGCGCACACUUCUCAUUAUUUGUUUGGGCCUGGCCUUCUCGCAGGCUCUUGCGGGUCCAGUUGAGGUGACGACCCAAGUUGAUGUGGUGCCGGAUGUUGUGAAACCUGUGGUCACGGAUGAAAAAGUCAUCACCCCUGUCAUUGUGGCUGAAAAAGUUAUUCCAGUAGCAAUUCCAGUUCCAGCAGAAAAAAUCCCAAUUGUUCCCGUCGAUGAGCACCAUACGGCACAAAUCCCCAUUUUCGUUAAGGCUGAAAAAGUGCCAGUGGGUGUCACUCCAGUUGAGGAACCAAAAUAUGUUGUGGUAGAAGCAAAGGCCUUGGCUUUUGAGUCAUCAUUGAAGAGGCUGCAGUUCUUUGAACGUACCUACAUGGCUAACCCGUUCCCUGUCGACGAGCACUUCAGAUUGGUUUUUGACUCUAUGGUUGAUCUUGGAGUGGAGCGCACACAGCUUGAUAAGCUGAAGGAAAAAGUUUUUGGAAAUCUCGAAGCUGCCCAAAAAGCAACCUACGAACAUUCCUACAUGUUCAACACCCUGAUCGAACUGGUUGAAGAAGUAGUCUACAAACUGCGCAACGGUGCCACCAAGGAUUCUUUUGUGCGGAGCAAAAUUGCAGUGGAGGAAGUAGCGAAAUUGCUCAGGGCAGACUUAUCGGAAAUAAGGGUCAGGAUACACCACAAUCUUGAAACCUACACUGGAACAAUUAGGGCCCUGACAGACGUAUAUACGAAUCCCGACGCAGCGGUUGUGAAGCGACAUAUGAAGCUCGUAAAGUUUAUCUACGAUUUGGGACAUGACGAGUUGGAAGAUAUUCUAUCAAUGCUCACAGAUGACUGGAAUGAGUUCUUGGCGGACUAUGAGAAGUUCAUCAAUGCCAUUGCUGAUGCUGUUGAUGAUUUCAUCACUGACGAUACCACUGGCACACCUUGAAGUUACUUUGCAACAUUUCAAAUAUCAAUUUAAAACCCCUGGCAUAUCAUUUAUGUCAAUAAAAUUAUGUUUGGUUUUUAAA